AUGAGCAAAAGCAAGCAACACUCCUACCAUUUCAUGUUACGUGAAAUUCGCCGCCUUCGGUCUGAGAAUGCUUGUCUCACCGAAAGCGUCAAUAUUCUCAGAGACGAUUUGCGGGUCGAGCGCGACUCCCGAAAGAUUGCAGACGAAUGUCAUCAAAAAUUCUGUAAUGAAGCCAUAGAUUGUCAAGCAAAACUAGAGAGCGAACUAGUCGAGAAACAAGAAGAAAUAGAAGCCUUGAAAGAAGAGUUAGAUGAAGUAAAAAGUUCUUCAAGCAACAGCAGCGGCAUGUCAUACCACGAUGCGGCGUAUUUUAAGAAACGGUCAGGGUUCUGGGGCUGUCAUGAUUUUGAUAGUGACACCGAAUAUACAUCCUUACCUCCAAUCGACCCCGACAAGGAAACAAUUUCCAUGGAACAUGAAGACGACGACUAUGAAGAAGAAUACGACGAUGACGAUGACGACGAUGAUGAUGAUGACACUCCUAUAUCUACAUCUCCAUUCCGCAGCUUCGGAUCUGAUCUUGUCGGAUCAAUCUUUGAGCAAGGUGAUAGUGAGGACGAGGACCAGGACCAGGAUCAGGACCAGGACCAUGGCGAGAACCCAUCUCGCUCAAAUGAUACCCAGUUUGAACAACUGGCCUCAUCACAUCUUAGACAGGCGUUUGUUUCUCGACUGACAAGUGCACGUGCAAAUCUAGAGUUAGACGAUCUAAUGAUCAAGUACGACCCUUCAAAUACAGUCCUUCUACGUAGCCUAGCCAACACAUUUAUUAGCUGGUUAUCUGAAACCGUCGAGCAGGCUGAUGUCGAUUCAGCAGGGACGGCUAAACUUAUUGCUACACGAAUUCAGGCAGACUUUUUACAGUUUUGGAAAUCAAUUUUGGAAAGACACAUCCAAGACGAAGCCGAACAAUGCCAGUUCCUUCAAGAAACUGAAAAAACAAUUCUCAAAGCAAAUACAAAACUACUCGCCGAUAAUUUCCACCGCUUAUUAGUAAUGUUGUAUAAAUAUGACAUUGUAGAAGGUGAUGCGGUCACGACGUGGUGGCAUGGCCAACUUGGAGGGCCACCAGAAACAGUUGCUGCUCGAAUGCGCAAUGUUACUCGUAAAUUUGUCGAGUGGAUCGACAGUAGUGAGGACAGUAACUCUGAUAUGUCUGAUCAAGACACAGACACAGACCCUGACAUUUGUGAUGGGAGCGACUGCGAUACUCUCAUCGGCCAACACUUUGACGAUCCCGAUUCAAAAAAUUCUAAUGAUGACAAUGACAAUUCAAAGAACCCUCCCGAAAUACUUGACAACCUCCUCGAACAAGACAAAGACUAUUGUGUCUGCCAGUUCGAUACUACAGCUCCUCUUCCUCCCUCCACUCCCGCUAAUUCCAGAACUACCCUCCCAGCAUGUACAUGCCCUAGUAAAUAUCUUCAAGAAGACGUAUCCCCGUCAAAGCCGAAGAAAACGGUCCGGAUAGCAAUGUAA